AUGGCGUCUACUCCCCUGCGUGGGGCCGAUGGGAGCCCCGAGGGGGAGGGCAGCACGAAGCGCAGCAGUGGGGUGUAUAGGGACCUCAGCAGCAACAGCAGCAGCAGCAGCAGCAAGCCUGGAAGCAGCAGCAGCAGCAGCAGCAUGUCUCGCCGGCCCAAACCGAGCAGCGCGCAGCAGAAUCUGCUGCAGCGCAGCGCAAGCAGCAGCGUGCAGCACAGCCGCCCGGCCUGCAGCAGCCAGGGCAGCAGAGCCAGCAGCAGCAGCAGCAGCAGCAGCAGCAGCAGCACGGAGAACAUCAAGGUGGUGGUGCGCUGCCGCCCCAUCAGCGCAGCAGAGCAGCGCAGCAGCAGCAGCACAGCAGUGCACAUAUGCGCAGAGACGCAGCAAGUGUCGGUUUUGCUGCCAGCAGCAAGCAGCUACCGGCAGCAGCAGCAGCAGCAGCAGCAGCGCAGCAGCAGAGUCUUCAGAUUCGACGGCGUCUGCCCCGUCAGUGUGCAGCAGGAGGAGCUCUUCAACGCCCACGUCAAGCCUCUCGUUGACCAGGUGCUGGAGGGCUACAACUGCACUUUAUUUGCCUACGGCCAAACGGGCACAGGAAAGACCUACACUAUAGAAGGGCCCCACGACCAGUACGCGCAGUACCUGCGCAGCAGCAGCAGCAGCAGCAGCAGCAGCAGCAGCAGCGGCGGCGGCGGCGGCGGCGGCGGCUGCAGGGGGGGCGGCGGCAGCACUUCGAGCAGCAGGAGCAACAGCAGCGCGGGCCUAGCCAAAGUGCCUGCAGCAACAGCAGCAGCUGCUGCUGCUGCAGCUAGCAGCAGCAGCAGCAACGCCGCAGCUGACACGGAGAGCACUCCCAGCUGCAACGCCAGCAGCAGCAACAGCAGCAGCAGCAGCAGCAGCAGCAUUGAGCUAAGCCCAGAUGCAGGCAUAUUGCCCCGCGCCGUUUGUUAUAUCUUCGAGCAGCUGCAGCAAGCCAGCAGCAGCAGCAGCAGCAGCGACUACAUGCUGCGCUGCAGCUUCUUAGAAAUAUAUAAUGAGGAGUUGGUGGAUUUGCUGGCCCCGCCUGCAGCAGCAGCAGCAGCAGGGUCGUCAGCAGCAGCAGGCCAGCAGCAGCAGCAGCCCAAAUUGAGGAUCUACGAAGAGCAGCAGGGAGACAGCUACAGCAGCAGCAACAGCAGCAGCAGCAGCAGCUGGGGUGCAACAAGAGGCCCAGGAGCUGUUCGAGUAGAUGGCCUUACAGAGAAGAGAGUCAACAGCCCCCAGGAGGUGUUCGCGCUGCUGCUGGGGGCAGCGCCUCGCCGCAGCUUCGCCUGCAGCGGCAGCAACUCGAGAAGCAGCAGAAGCCACACAAUAUUUUCUCUUUCUGUUUGCAUUUCGGAGUCUCCAAGUGUCUCAUCUGCUGCUGCUGCUGCUGCUGCUGCUGCUGCUGCUGAGGAAGAUAGCAGCAGCACGCGGCAGCAGCAGCAGCAGCAAGCAGGAGUGGUCGCAGUAGAGGAGGUCGUGAGAAUCGGCAAGCUGAGCCUCGUGGAUCUUGCAGGGAGCGAGAACCUGGAGCGCAGCUGGGGCGCAGCAGCAGCAGCAGCAAACCGCCGCAAAGAAGCCUCAGCAAUUAAUCAGUCUUUGCUGACUUUGGGCCGCUGCAUUAAUGCCCUCGUCGAGAAGCAAACUUAUGUCCCCUUCAGAGACUCCAAACUCACCCGACUCCUCCAGGACAGUUUGGGGGGCAGCACGAAGACCUGCCUCAUUGCCACCAUCGGCCCCACAGGAGACACUUUGGAAGAGACUUUGUGCACUUUAGACUACGCGUUUCGGGCGAAGAGCGUGACAACGCGGCCCGUUGCGACUUUGCGCAGAUCUCGAGAUGCGCUGCUGUCGCAGCUGCUGUCGGAGAAUGGGCAGCUGCGGCUGCUGCUGCAGCAGCAGCGGGAGCGCGAGGGGGUGUUUCUGCCUCUGGAGCUCUACACCCAGCAGCAGCAGCAGCAGCAGCAGCAGCAGCACGCGCUCCAGCACCACGCCGCGCUCCUCCAGCAGCUCCAGCAGCAAGUCAAAGCACAGCAGCAGCAAAUCCAGCAGCAAAACGAAACCCACAAGCAGCAUCUGCAGCAAAUGGACGCGCUUCGGCUCUCUUUACAGCUCAGCCAGAACAGCCUAAAAGAAGAGCAGCGGAUAACCGAAGCCCUGCAGCAGCAGCAGCAGCAGCACUCCGCAGCAUCUGCUGCUGCUGCGGAUUCUCUGCGACGGGCAGUUGAGGACAUCACGGUGCUCCAACAGCAGCAGCAGCAGCAGCAACAGCAGCAGCAAGCUGCAGUAGCAGCAUGUACUCAAUUUUCUUCGUCUCUAGAGGUCAGCAACAGCAGAGUCGCGCUGCAGCAGCAGCAGGCUGACGCAGCUGCUGCUGCAGCGCAGCAGCAGCUGCUGCUGCAGCAAGUGCAGCAGUUUCUGCAGCAGCUGCAGGAGACUGAACAGCAGCGCCAAGGCUCUGCAGAAGAGGACGCAUCAGCAGCAGCAGAGCAGCAGCAGCAGCAGGCGCUGCUGCUGCAGCAGCUGCAAGAACACAGUGUCUUGGUGCAGCGGCUGCGAGAGAAGCAAAAGGAGCAGCAGCAGCUGCUGCAGCAGCAGCUGCUACUGCUGCAGCGAAAUACAGAGGCUUUGGACGCAGCAACAAAGGCAAGCCAUGCUGCGGAGCAUCAGCGGAAGCACACAUUGCUGCUGCAGCAGCUGCUAGAAAGUGCAAAGCAGCAGCAGGAAGACUGCCUUAGAGCUGCAGAGCAGAACAUCACAUCAACCCGUAAGGAGUGCACGGCGAAGCAGCAGCAGCUGCAGCAAACGCUGCAGGGUUUGGUGUCUACUGUUGCUGCUGGGGGCUCAGCAGCUGGGCAGCAGCUGCAGCAGCUGCAGCAGCGGUUUGAGGAGGAAGCGGCUGCAAGGCAGCAGCAGACAGAGGCAGCAGCAGCAGCAGUUGCUGCUGCAGUGCAGCAGCAACUCGCAGCAUUUGUGAGAGCGCAGCAGGCUGCAGCAGAGCAGCAGCGCCAGCAGCUAGUGCAGGAGCUGGCUGUGGCUCAGCAGCAGCAGCAACAGCAGCAAGCAGUACAGGCUGCAGCAGCAGACAAGGCAAUCGCUGCUGCUGCUGCUGCUGCUGCUGCAGCAGACGACGUAUCCCUGAACGCCACUAACGUGCUGCAUCAGAUGCUUGCUGCUGCUGCUGCAGCAAGAGAAGAGCAACACAGCUCUUUAGCAGCAGCAAAAGAGGAAGAGACAAAAGAAAUGCUGCAGCACCUCAAGGCCACCAAUGACUGCUGCACCGACACUAAACAAAAGACAGACGCGGGGCAGCAAGGAUUGCUGCAAUGUCUCGACACUCUGCAGACGCAGCAGCAGAAGGCAGCAGUUGCUGCAGAGGCAGCUGCAGCAGACCUGAAUGCUGCAGCAACGCGUGCUCAGCAGCAGCAGCAGAAGUUUGCAGCAACUGCGGCAGCAGCCAUCGAAGCAGCAGCAGCAGCAGCAGCCAGCAGCAGCACUUGCUGCAGCCAAGCAGCAACAGAAGCAGCAGCACGAGCUACCGCGUUUGCUUCAGAUGUGGAGCAGCAGCUCCGCAUUUGCAGGAGUUCCGCCAGUGGAGGCCAAGGCGCUGAAGCAGACUGCAGCAGCGACAGCAGCAGCAGCAGCAACAGCAGCAGCAACGCCGGCAGCAACAGCAGCAGCGGCCCUUGCUGCUGCAGCGCCUGUGCUGCAGCAGCAGCAGCUGAGCGCUGGCAGUCGUGGAAGCCCAGUCCAUUGCCCGCGUUGCUAUCUGCUUCUGCUCUUAGAGAAGCAAAUGCAACUGAGGAAGCAAACUGCGAAAAUGAUCCUCCUGAGACCCCGCAAAGAAGCUCUCCUGCUGCUGUUGCUGCUGCUGCUGCUGCUUCGCCGUCGAGCUGCAGCAGCAGCAACAGCAACAGCAGCAGCUUCAGCGGCAGGAAGGCUGUGGGGGCACGGCUCGUUGCAGCUGCUGCUGCAGCAGUGACAGCAGCAGCAACGCCGCCACAGACGCAAAAGCUGCUGAAGCAAAAAGCAUAUUCAAGUAGCGCUUCCCCCUUUAAGGCAAUGUACUCCAGCAGCAGCUGCAAGAAAAGCAGCAGCAGCAGCAGCAGCAGCAAGGCGCGGCGGCGGUCUCGCAGCAGCGACGAACGCAAUAGUGCGGAUUCAGCGAAUAAGAAAAGACACACUCCUGAGGAUUGUGGAACGAGCUUGUGA